UGACACGAGAGGGCGUGAUUACGAGAAACAAUAUGGCGGCGCGCAGUGUAGUCACACCGGAUUAGUACAAAAUCUGUUAUACGCCUUUCGUUGUUUGCCGUAUCGGUACCAUUUGUGAUGAUUAGUAGUAGUGGGAUAAUGAAGACGUUUUGUGGUCGUGCUAACCCCACCACGGGCGCGCUAGACUGGGUGGAGGAGGGAGAUGAGUACGAUUAUCAUCAGGAGAUCGCCAGGUCCUGUUAUGCUGAUAUGCUGCAUGACAGAGACAGGAAUGAGAAAUACUACCAGGGCAUUCGAGCAGCAGUGACCCGGGUGAAGGCUCGAGGCGAGAGAGUCAUUGUUCUGGAUAUCGGCACAGGAACAGGACUCCUCUCCAUGAUGGCUGUUACUGCAGGAGCGGACUACUGCUAUGCCGUAGAGGUGUUUAAGCCCAUGGCCGAGGCUGCAGCUUGUAUCGUAAAGAAAAACGGCUUCUCGGACAAGAUCAAAAUCAUCAAUAAGCACUCAACUAAGGUUACAGUUGGUCCAGAUGGAGACAUGCAGGAGAAAGCAAACAUAUUAGUGACAGAACUGUUUGAUACAGAGCUGAUUGGAGAGGGAGCUUUACCCAGCUAUGAACACGCACACUUACACCUGGUACAGGUGGGCUGUGAAGCCGUACCACAUCGUGCCACAGUCUAUGCCCGGGUGGUUGAGUCAGAGCAGCUGUGGAGCUGGGCACAGAUUCAGCCCAUCCAGGUGGAGGAGUGCACACUGCUGCCCCCUGCUGCAGUGACACGGUGCGCUGGAGCGCCAUCUGUCUGUGAUGUACAGCUCAGCCAGGUGACCCCAAGUGCCUUCGCCAACCUCGGACCCCUGUGUUCCAUGUUCAGUGUGGACUUCAGCAGGCCGGUCAGCAGCGCUCCUCAUUCACACUCGUGCAGGUUUGUGGUGGAGGCCAGCGGUCGAGCUCAAGUAGUUUUGUCCUGGUGGGAUUUGGACAUGGACCCGAGCGGCAGCAUCGUCUGCUCCAUGGCCCCCAGCUGGACUUACUCUGACCCGCGCGAGUAUCCUUGGAGGGAUCAUUGGAUGCAGAGUGUGUACUUCCUGCCUGCCGAGAGGCGUGUGUGUGAGGGAGAAGAGCUCAGUCUAACUGUCUCACAUGAUGACUACAGCUUGUGGUACAGCCUCUCUGAUAGCGACCAAUCUGAUGUGGCCACACCGUGUUGUACCUGUCAAGCUCACCUGCUGUGGACUCGGCCGCGGUUCGGGGAGCUUAAUGACCAGCGCAGAAGAGAGUGUUACCUCAGUGCUCUCCGCAGUAUUCUGAGGCCAGACAGUGUGUGUUUAUCAGUCAGUGAUGGGAGUCUUCUCCCCGUCUUUGCACAUCUGCUCGGAGCUAAAAAGGUGUUUAGUUUGGAAAACUCCGGAAUGUCAAAGCGAGUGAUCGAGCAGUUUUUGGAGGUGAACUCACUGAAAAACAGCGUUCAGCUGCUAGAGAUUCGGCCAGAGCAGCUGACAUCAGGGGAUGUGGAGGGAGAACAGAUCUCGGUGUUGAUUGGCGAGCCGUAUUUCAGUACCAGCCUGUUGCCCUGGCACUCCCUGUUCUUCUGGUACUGCCGUACAGCGCUGAGCUGCCUCCUCCGGCCCGAUGCCACCGUCCUGCCUUCCUCCGCCACACUCUACCUGAUCGCCGUGGAAUUCCAGGAUUUGUGGAGAAUCCGAGCCCCGUGUGGAACCUGUGAAGGAUUUGACGUGAGCCCGAUGGAUGAAAUGGUGCAGCGCUCUCUGGACUUCCGGGAGUCUCGUGAGGCAGAACCUCAUCCCCUGUGGGAGUACCCCUGUCGAGCCCUGUCCAAGCCACACUCAGUGAUGACCUUUGACUUCCAACAGUGUGUCCCUGAGCAGCCAAUCAGCAGUCAAGGAACAGUGCCGCUUACUGGGAGAGGGCGCUGUCACGGCGUGGCGUUGUGGAUGGAGUACAGCCUGACUGAUGACAUCACCGUCAGCAUGGGCCUGACUGAACCCGUCAAUGGGGAGGGACAGUGUGUGUGGAGUCCACACCGAAAACAGGGAGUGUAUUUCUUACGGGAUCCAUGGGAAAGCUCAGGAGACGGGCAGGCAAGCAUGUCCUACAAUUUAACCUUCGAUCCCAAUAUUGGUGACAUCAAAACCGACUUUUCAGUCACUCGGCCUUGACCAGGUGAAAUGUACUGAUUCACACAGCAGUCUUUUUUUUUUUUUUUUUUUUUUUUUGCUGUGAUCCAAAGAAAUACUUGCACCAGUUGUUGUGUAAUGUUGACGUUAUCACAAAUCCAUUUUAAUGGUUUUAUUAAAGAAAAUGUAUGUUUUUUUUCUUAGUCCUCUUCUUAAUUUUGGAAACUGUGAUGCUAAGAGGUUAAUUUAAAGUUUCUCAACAAAAUAUUUUCUGUAAAUCUCUGCCCUAAACUAUAUCUAGGUUUCUAUACACAUGAACAAAACAUCGGUGUAACUGAACUGUAAUGUUCUGGGCAGCCAUGUUUUUUUAUGUCGUUAUACAGAAAUCUAGUUCGACUAUGAACUUGUACUUGUUAAUACGGAACAUUCAUUUGUUUAAGAACAAGCUAUAGCUGAACAAUGUCAUUUAAAUGUAGUACAGAGAUAUUUUAUGCCUGUAUUUACCAAUACUUCCAUUUCUUAUCUACGCUAGUGUCAUAUCUCUAGUAUAAAACUAAAGAAGCAAGCAUCAGACGCCAAAUACACCUUAGCCAUGACAUUUACGGUUAAAUGUUUUAAAAUUGUGUAAAUUAAAAUUUGUCAUCAAACUAUUCUGUUAAGAUGCAUAUGAUUUCUACAUGUUCACGUAUUCUCUACUUAAGCAGUGAAAAGUUUGUCUGCAGUGAUGCUCAUGAAUUUGUUUGAGCUUCUUUGGUUCUGUAUUGAAGCUUUUAACACAUUAAAUGCAGUGGAGUUACUUUGA